AUGUAUCAGUGUCCCGAAGACAUGGAUAUGACAAGAAUUGAAAGACCGUACAUUGGAACCUACUUUUUUGUUUCUGGAGUUUUUUUGAUGAUAGUGUACCUUCCCUGCUUCAUCGCAAUGAUUAUCUCGAAACAUCGUUCUCCGUCGUUUCAACUAAUGAUGAUGCUCGGUGUGUUCGACUUAUUGUCACUUUUUAUCAACUCCAUCACAACUGGAUACCUCGGAUUCAUUGGAGCAUCUUACUGUCAUUAUCCUCUGGUAAUAUUUUUUGUUGGUGCAUUUGCUUUUGGUGGAUGGAUGGGAUGCUGUUCUUGUUGCAUUUUACUUGCAGUCGACCGAUGUGCCGAGAUCAAUCCUCAAUUUUUGUUUGGAAUUAUUUUCCACAAAAAGGUGUUCCCAUUGGUUAAAUUCAUAGUUUUGGCAUUGUCUAUUUACGUAACCUUUUUCACCAAUCCGGUUCUCUUCACUGCCAAGUAUAACUCUUGGUUUUUCGAUCCAAACAUUGGGAAAGAGGCAAACUUGUAUUAUAACAUUCCUCAGACAAUUAAUAAUCUGUUAGUGGCUUUACUGUCAACAGCUCUAUACAUUUAUUUGUGUUAUCACUUGAUUUUCAAGUUUGGGUACACUACGUCAAUGUGGAUGUAUAAAACAAAACAGCAGAUCAUAAUCCAAGCAGUAAUCCUUUGCUCUUUUCAUGCUAUUGCUGCAUACAUUUACGUGUACAUGCAAUUCUUCCCAUCGCCACCAUGGCUCAUUAUAAUUGGCCAAAUUGCGUGGCAAUGGAGUAAUGGAUGUGUUUGUAUUGUAUACUGGACUCUUAACAGAACUGUUAGAAAUGCUGCCAUUAGAAUGAUGCUUCCGAGAAGUAUCCGAGAAAAGUAUGGUCUUGCUAUGGGAAUUGAUGAGCAAAUAGCAAUGGAACGGAGGGAUGAAUCAACGAAUCCGAAAAAUGUUGGGACAGCUAUUUCAGCUGCAGUCAACAGUGCUAAAAUUGCACCAUUUUUGAAGGAAUAA